UCCUGCACAGCAUCAAAGUCAAUAACUAAUGAUUGAAUCAGAAGGGGAAAAAAAUGAUUCAAAAUUCCCCGAAUGUUGUAGCUCCUUCUUCACUGUCCAUUUUCCCUCACCCGACUUCUCACAUCUACUAUGUAGGAUCGCCUUCUCCUACAACACGCGCGCGCAUUUUUCUCGAUCACCCUCCGGCGGUUCUUUUCCGGUAACCGCCGAUUUAUAAAUUAAAAAACUCCCGAUAUCCACCGCCAACGAAUCUUCACUCCGUGAUUUGUUUUCACGACCAAAUUCUACCUAGAAGGUGGUGGUAAUUUAUCCGAUUUGUAUUAAUGGCAUUGAAGCAUUGUGUUAUUAUAAAGUGUUUUAUUUAGAAAAAAGUGACAUCAAAGGCUGUAAUUUGUUGAUAUAUAUGGCAUCAAGAGUGAUUUUACAAAAGAAGAGAAACAUUUUGUUCAAUCACUUGAUUACUCAACAUACUCGCGAUAUUCUCGGAUUCUCUAGUGUUGGGAUUGGUCAGCCAUUUGAUUCUAGUGAAUUAGAUGGUUUGAGUCGGAUUCCCUUCUCUUCGUCUCGAACUAUUGGACAUGAACAUGGACUGGUAAGAAAAUUGUGUACUCUCAGUGAUGAUGAUUUGACAGCUUGUUCAUUGUCGAGAUUAUACUUGCAUAGUUCAUUUGGAAUUUCGAAUUUUGGAAUUGGAAAUGAGAAGUUAGAGUUAGUUUCUCUUUCGAGAUUGGGAUGGACCUCCCGAAGUGUUCGUUAUAUUUCCACGGCUGCUGCUAAUCAAUCUAGAUUGGGGAAUGGCGGUAGUGGAAAUGAACAAUCAGAUUCUAAACAGAAGAAGGAGGCUUCACCGGAAGAGUGUGAUGAGGCUGUUGAAGGCUUGAGUACCGUUAAAGCGAAAGCUAAGGCUAAACAACUUCAAGAACCCCAUAAGAGUACUGAAUCUAUUGUAAAGAGAUUAUGGGCUAAGAUUCUAGGAAUUGGUCCAGCUUUCAGAGCUAUUUUGUCAAUGAGCAGGGAUGACUGGGCAAAGAAGCUAAAUCAUUGGAAGGAUGAAUUUAAAUCUACUCUGCAACACUAUUGGUUUGGUACGAAACUACUUUGGGCUGAUGUUAGGAUUAGCUCCAGAUUAUUGUUGAAACUUGGCAAUGGAAAGAGUCUCUCUAGAAGGGAGAGGCAGCAACUCACAAGGACAACGGCCGAUAUUUUCAGGCUAGUUCCUUUCGCUGUAUUUAUCAUAGUUCCAUUCAUGGAGUUUCUUUUGCCAGUAUUCCUGAAACUGUUUCCCAACAUGCUGCCUUCCACUUUCCAGGAUAAGAUGAAAGAACAGGAGGCAUUGAAAAGAAGGCUAAAUGCAAGAAUAGAAUAUGCCAAGUUUCUUCAAGAUACUGUGAAAGAAAUGGCGAAGGAGGUUCAGAAUUCAGGAACUGGAGAAACGAAGAAGACAGCAGAAGAUCUUGAUGAGUUUAUGAACAAGGUCAGAACAGGUGCCCGAGUUUCAAAUGAUGAAAUUUUAGGCUUUGCCAAAUUAUUUAACGAUGAGUUCACUUUGGAUAACAUUAGCAGGCCUCGCUUGGUAAAUAUGUGUAAGUACAUGGGUAUCAGCCCGUAUGGUACUGAUGCAUAUUUGCGUUAUAUGCUCCGCAAAAGAUUACAAGAGUAUUCAAUAAUUCCUAUUUUACUUUCUGGGAUAGCUCUGAUUCUGGUGAUCAAGAAUGAUGAUAAACUGAUUCAAGAAGAAGGUGUAGAGUCUCUUUCAGAAGCAGAGCUUCGUCAAGCUUGUAGAGAUCGAGGAUUGCUUGGAUUGCGUUCAGUGGAAGAAAUGCGACAGCAGCUUAAUGACUGGCUGGAUCUGUCUCUCUACCAUUCUUUGCCAUCUUCCCUCUUGAUUCUUUCUAGAGCAUUUUCCAUCUCAGGAAAGGUGAAACCAGAAGAGGCUGUUCAAGCUACACUUUCUUCUUUGCCGGAUGAGGUUGUGGACACUGUCGGUGUAACAGCUUUGCCAUCUGGAGAUUCUGUUUCAGACAGGAAGAGGAAGUUGGAAUAUCUUGAAAUGCAGGAGGAGCUAAUCAAGGAGGAGGAAGAGAAAGAGGAAGGGGAGCAAGCCAAAGUGGCAGCAGAAUCUAAUAAUGGCGAAAGUGAUUUAGCUACGAAAAAGAUGGUUUCAACAAGUGGACCAGCAAAAGAAGAUGCAAAGGCAAAGGCAUUGGAAAAACAUGAGCAACUUUGUGAGAUCAGCCAAGCAUUAGCUGUUUUAGCAUCAGCAUCUUCAGUGAGCAGAGAACGUGAAGAGUUUUUGAGGCUUGUUAAAAAGGAGAUGGAGCUGUAUAAUAGUAUGGUGGGGAAAGAAGGUACUGAAGGUGAGCAGGAAGCUAAGAAGGCCUAUAGAGCUGCAAGGAAGGAUAGUGAUGGUGCUAUGGAGGUCGCUAUUAGUGACAAGGUUUCUUCAGCACUUGUUGACAAGGUUGAUGCUAUGCUCCAGACACUUGAAAAAGAAAUUGAUGAUGUUGAUGCUAAAAUUGGAGACCGCUGGCGGUUGCUAGACAGAGAUUAUGAUGGGAAAGUGACACCUGAGGAAGUUGUAGCUGCUGCUGUGUAUCUGAAGGACACGUUGGGAAAAGAAGGAAUUCAUGAAUUUAUCAACUACCUUUCGAAGGAUAGUGAUGGGAAAAUAUUGGUGGAAGACAUUGUCAAAUUAGGCACCCAAAAAGAAGAUGCUGAAAAAGAUCAAGUAGGAAGAUCCUAGUGUUUAUUUGUGAAUUUUGUUAUAUUGUCAUGUUAUUUUUUUGAAUGUAAUCGUGAAUAAUAAUGGUUGGUAUGUAUUCUCCCAUGUCCCCAAAAUGUAGGUUGGGCUUAUGUGAAUAAAUUACAUAUACUAACGUGCAAAACAAGCUUAAUUGAUGUAUUUUUCACUAACUCCAUUUUUUUUAUGGGUUAAUAGUAAUCCACUCCUUGUAAUGUUAGCGAAUUUUGCUUUAUCCCCUCCCUACAUUUUGGCAACGAUUUUUUCAAAAAAACCGUUGCCAAAACUUGUCUUUGGCAACGAUGGAGGGUAAACCGAAACACGCUCAUAUUACAGGGGUAAACUGCUAUUAACCCUUUUUUUUAUUGCAUUCGUCGUUGUCUAUAGGCAUUACAACUGGGUGGAGAUGAUUUUCAUCAAAGCUAAUUAGAAACUUCAGCGGGCACAUGGGUUAUUUAAUUUGGUACAAUAUAGAGGAAAAAAUUUAUCUACAAUUUCUUAGGUGUGACUAUAUUAUUUUCCAAUGAAAAUAUGACAAGUGUGCUUAAAUAACGUU